AACCUACUCAGAGCCGCUGUGAACUCAGAAGAGGCUCAGCUCUUGUUUCCCACGGAUUCCUGCCUCUCCGGAAACGUUGCCAGCGUAUACACAUGAGGGUAUCAAGCUGGAGAGAUCUUUAAUCCCCGAGAAAUGAAACACGGUGGAGAAACGGUAAAGCUCGAAGUCUGGAAGCGGCCUUAGCAGGAGUGGAGGGUCUGGAGUAAGCUAAGGGGUCCAGGUCCCCUCGCUUCAGCACCGGAAGGGAUGGACAGCGUCUCCCAGCUGCGCUGCUGCCUGGGGGACCCAACUGUGUUGCUACUGCUGCCUCUGCUGCUGUCCUCCUGGCCAGAGUCAUCGACAAUAGCUCUUAGCAGCUAAAAGGCGGUGCCUCUGGUCCCCUUCCUUGAUGGACGAAAACCAGCCCUCCUCAUCCUCUGGCACUCACAUCCACUCGGCUCCACGGAGUUAAACUCUAGGCAGCAACUUCAAGAAUAAUUUUCUAUACGGGACUGGGGGUAAUGCAGGCAGAAGAGUGGAGUUGAAGUUCUUAGAAGCACCAAGGAACCAUGGGCGCUGCAGUAGGAAUUGAAAUACUCAAAGGCCCACAGUUUUUAAAAUAAGAACGUCCCCGAGUGGAUUGCAGCUGUUGUGGAGAUAGCUUCGUGAGAGGUCAGAGAUACUAAACCCCAACAUUAAAGAAGCUGAAAAGACGUCAAUACCUCUGCUCAGCAGAUCGGGUAGCAAGUGCUCCUGCUGCUGUAAGAACAAGCAGUCACCCUGGGUUCCUGCAGCCAAGACCACACCUUUCACAGUGCCACAGCACAUGGAUUUCAGAACUACCUGUGAGGAGACGAAGACAGGGGUUUGCUUGCUACAAGAUGGUAAUCAAGAACCUUUUAAAGUCCGGCUACACCUUGCCAGAGACCUGCUGAUGCUACAGGAGCAGGAUGUCCUGUGUGUGUCUGGUGAACCUUUCUAUUCUGGUGAAAGGACGGUGACCAUCAGAAGACAGACAGUAGGAGGAUUCGGAUUAAGCAUAAAGGGAGGUGCAGAACAUAACAUUCCAGUUGUCAUUUCCAAAAUCUCCAAGGAGCAAAGAGCGGAGCUGUCGGGACUGCUUUUCAUUGGGGAUGCAAUUCUACAGAUAAAUGGAAUUAAUGUGAGGAAAUGCAGACAUGAGGAAGUGGUACAGGUUCUUCGGAAUGCUGGGGAGGAAGUGACCCUGACAGUGUCAUUUUUAAAAAGAGCACCUGCUUUCCUCAAACUCCCACUUAAUGAAGACUGUGCAUGUGCUCCGAGUGACCAAAGCAGUGGUACCUCCUCUCCUCUAUGUGACAGUGGCUUACAUCUCAACUACCAUCCAAACAACACAGACACACUUUCCUGCUCCUCGUGGCCCACAUCUCCAGGCCUGCGAUGGGAGAAGCGUUGGUGUGACCUCAGGCUCAUUCCCCUACUGCAUGCCCGCUUCUCUCAGUAUGUGCCGGGGACUGACUUGAGUAGGCAGAACGCUUUCCAAGUGGUUGCUGUGGAUGGAGUCUGCAGUGGAAUUCUUCAGUGCCUCUCUACUGAAGACUGCAUGGAUUGGCUCCAUGCAAUAGCAGCUAACAUUUCAAACCUCACAAAGCACAAUAUCAAAAAAAUCAACAGAAAUUUUCCUGUAAACCAGCAGAUAGUCUACAUGGGCUGGUGUGACGCCCGGGAGCAGGAAUCCCUCCAGGACCGUGUGUACACGCCUGUGUUUCUUGCCCUGCGGGGCUCCUGUCUUUACAGGUUCCUGUCACCUCCAGUGACUACCUGGGACUGGACUCGAGCAGAGAAAACCUUCUCCGUGUGUGAGAUCAUGUGCAAGGUCCUCAAGGACAGUGACCUGCUGGAUCGGCGGAAACACUGCUUCACUAUGCAGUCUGAGUGUGGGGAGGAUCUCUACUUCUCUGUGGAGUUAGAGAGUGACCUUGCCCAAUGGGAACGAGCCUUCCAAACAGCCACCUUCCUCGAAGUGGAGCGCAUACAGUGCAAGACCUAUGCAUGUGUGCUGGAGAGUCACCUAAUGGGCCUCACUAUUGACUUCAGCACAGGCUUCAUCUGCUUUGAUGCAGCAACAAAGGCUGUACUUUGGAGGUAUAAAUUUUCUCAGCUUAAAGGCUCAUCAGAUGACGGCAAAAGCAAAAUCAAAUUUUUGUUUCAGAAUCCAGAUACGAAACAGAUUGAAGCAAAGGAGUUGGAAUUUUCAAAUUUAUUUGCUGUUCUUCACUGUAUUCAUUCAUUUUUUGCUGCCAAAGUAGCUUGUUUGGACCCUCUGUUUUUAGGUAAUCAGGCUGCAAGUUCUGCUGCUGCCAGCUCUACUUCUACAAGCAAGGCAAAGCACAUGGCUUGACAUGCUGAGCUCUGCCUGACAGCCCUCAGGGUCACUCACUCCCUACUUCCAUGCUGUCACCAAGUCAACCUUGGAGUCAAAUUGCAAUUCCAGCAGCAGAAAAGUCAGGAGGCAUCUGCAAAUGACCCUGGGAGGGCAGAGCAACCUAGUCAUUCUCCACUGAUCUCUAUCAGGACACAGCUGUCACCAUAUUUGGUGACAAAAGAAUGAUUGGUGUAAAGUAUGUAAAUAAUAUAAAAAUUGUAAGCUACCUAUAAAUAAAAAUACCAAUUAAAUGGCUAUUUCUCUACUUUAGAUGAUUUUGUAUGACAAAUGCAUAUUGGGCCAGAUCAUGAAUCAAUGCCCUAUCAUUGUAUUAUGAGUGUAAAAAAAAAGUUAAAAAAUAAAAGCAAGGCAAGUAGCAUGCAAAUUAAACAAGCAACAAAAGAAGAUGAAAACAAAUGACCUCAAAGACAGAAGCAUCUUAACUUAUGUGAGUUACUUCCUGUAUUUUCAUCCCAUUGUUCCAUAUGAGCACUCCAGCUGUGUUUAUCUUACUGUGAAAUAUUCUGCAGAAUUAAUAAAGACAAUUACAUUGGCCUGUGAAAACACCCUAGGAAAUCAAACAUUUCUUCUUUGGUGAAUGUUACUAACAUGUUUUACAUUUUAAAAUGGUAUUAAUCAUGAAUGUCAAAAAACAUUCUUCAUUUAAAUGCAUUUCUUCUUUUUUUGCCUAAUGAGAUUUAUGAACAAAAUAAAUUUUAAUAAAUUUAAAUGUCCCCACAUUCUUACAGAAAAAUAUCAAUAAAUUCUAUGUAAGAAACAAGUCUUUGUUAUACUUUUCUAUUUAGUCAUGAACUAAAAAGUUCGUGAAAAGUAUCCACAGAGGCUAUGAGAGCUGGCAAGAUUUUUAUUUGAGUUCAUUUAUGUAAAAUUUAAGUGAGAUUUGAGAAAAAAAGCAUCAAAAUUUGUUAUAAAACUUCAUAGAAAGUUAUUGAAUAGUGUCAAAUCAUGUAGGCUACUGUAGGUAUCUUGUGUCAGCAUUAGGAAGGUAAAAAGACAGAAAUGUGCAUUGUGGGGUGUGCACUCAUAGCCAAGAACUGGAGAUUGCUCGUAUACAGAGCAGGAAGUAUUCUCUCUCCUUUACUUAGGCUGUGCUGGUGUCUGCUUUUAAACAACUAGCUACCUGUUGAAAAGUAAACAAAUAAAGCCCACUUAUAUUAGUACACAUUUUAAUUGAACACUGUUUGAUUCCCCCUUAAAAUGACCAAAUUUUUAAUAACUAAGUCAGUAUCCCUCCUUAAAUAGAAGACAAUCCCACCUCAGGCUCAAGAGGAAAGUAAAAUCAUUUCUUUAAAGGAGUAUUUACCCAUACUUAUAAAGUCAUUAGGCAGUGAACUAUUUACAUAAUAAUCAAAAAUAUUAUUUCAUUUUGCAGUGGAUUAAGUGGAAUCUCAAAAUGUGAUCUGGAAAUGUUAAGUUGGAUCUAAGAUGCCUUGCCAACAGAACAUGAACAUUUGAUAAUAGGGGCUUAUAUAUUCUAUUUUUACAAGAAAUUUCUAUGUAAAACCACAAUAAUCAUUUUGGGAUUACUGCUUACUAGAGCAACCAAACACAAAAGAUAUGAUAAUUUUGAAUUUCACUAAAGUCUGAAUUCUGCCUUUCUAAUAUAGAGGAGAAAAGAGUAAAGAGAGGCACAUGUACUAUGUCUUCUGAAAGUUCUGCUCCUGCACAUGGUACUGCCCUAUCGUGGAUGACCACUGGAAUUUAAAACUAUACAGAGUUCUUCUGUAAUUAUUCAAAAAUAACUUUAUGGAGCUGGAGAGAUGGCUUAGUGGUUAAGAAAUUUACUGCUUUUUCAGAGGACUUGGAUUUGAUUGCAGCACCAACACAGUGGCUCAUAAUCAUCUGGAACUACAAUUUCAAGGGUUUUAAUGCCCUCUUCAGAACUCAGUAGCACCAGAUACAUAUAUGGCACAUAUACAUAUAUGGAGGUGAAACAUCACCUAAAAAAAAUCUAAAAGUAGAUUUUACAAAGCUCCAUUUAAACAUACAAACCUGAGUUAAGUCUUUAUUGCUGUUGUUGUCACAUCAACUGUUCUAUCAGUACCCAUGUUGUAAAAACAGCUCAAGUGUGAGAUUAGAUCUUGAGUAUAGAGCUUGUAUCCUUUGUGUGUUUGUAGACACAUAAAUAUAUGUAUAGAGACAAGUAUAAAAUUUGAUCUUAAUUGUACUGAAAGAAAAUGUUUCACAUAUGUAACACAUAGCUCUGUAUGUAUUGUAUGUAUUCAGCUAUAAAAUGUUGGUUGAAUUGAAAUCUACUAGAACAACCUUGUUUUUGUUACUUUUUAUAAUAUUGGUUAAAAUAUCACCAUGCUGAAAUUUCUAUUUAACAUGAUUAGUGGAAUAGGCACCAAUUAGCAAAAUACUUUUCUGGUUUUCAUCCAUUUAACAGUUAGUGUUUAAUGCUUUCUUUAUAAUAUGAUUAACCACUGUCAGUUGCUGUGACUUUGGAUACUUAAAUGAGAAAAUGUAGAAAUUCAUGAAAACACAGAUUUCAACUUCUCAGUAAGUUAAGUUCAGAUAUAGAUUUUUUUUUUUAAGCAAUCCCAAGUUUGAGUAUUAAACAUACCUGAGAAUGCUUAAUGAUGUGUUAACCCUUCCAGUGCCUUUUUGGAUAUGUAUGCACUUUCAUGUGUGUGUGCAUGUGUAGAUCAUUAAAGGGCUUAUUAAAGUGUACACACUGCAAGCUUAAAGGAAAAUGUAACUAUGUGAGUUAGAGAGAGGAGUUUAAAACAGCUAAGAUGAGAAUGUCUUUUUAUGAUAAAAAUAAAAUAUCAUUUGAAAUAAAGUGUAUCAAAGCAGGGGGGCUUGAAUUUGUUAUAGUUUAACUUCAAAAUUACCUUAAUAGAUAACUUAAAUAUAACAAAUACCCAAAGCUUCCUAUCUAAUUCUAUUUUAUAGAGUGGAAUAUGCUAGUAAUUUCUUACUCACAUUUCAGGCAUGAGCUGGUGUGUUGUUUUAAAACUUUUGCUCAUAAAACUGUCAUUCAGC